AUGGGGUGCGGCACUUAUCUGUUUCCAUUAUAUGAACUUUGCAUCAAGCCUGCUUGGAGGCGCGUGGGGGCUGAUCGGAUUCAUUUGAGCAAUGUUGAGGGGAUUCUCCAAUUUUUCUCCUUCUCUGUAGAGCUCACCUUCUGUAUCUUUGUGGCGUCUGGACAAUGUCUUGGCGAUCAGCAAUCCUUAUUAUUGCAAAUGAAGAACAACCUCGUAUUCAGCAGUGAUUUGUCCACAAAACUGGUCUACUGGAAUCAAAGUGCAGAUUGCUGUUUGUGGGAAGGUGUAAACUGCGCGGAAGGACGUGUUAUUGGUCUCGAUCUGACCAACGAAUCCAUCUCGGGUGGACUUGACAACUUAAGCAGCCUCUUCAAUCUUUCGUAUCUCCAGAGCUUGAAUUUGGCUUUCAACAACUUCAACGGCUCUCAAAUUCCAUCAGAGUUUGACAAGCUGGCAAAUUUGAAUUAUUUAAACCUAUCAAAUGCGGGCUUUGAUGGGCAGAUACCAAUGGCGAUUUCACACUUGACAAGGUUGGUUACUCUUGACCUGCAUUACAACUCACUGAAUGGGAGUAUUCCAAUUUCCUUGUUUUCCCUUCCAUUAUUGCAAACAUUACAACUUUCCAACAACCAAUUUUCUGGUCAACUCAAUGAAAUUCUCAAUGUUUCUUCUCACCUCUUGGACACCCUUGAUUUGAGUAGCAACAACUUGGAAGGGCCAAUACCCAUGUCUGUCUUUGAACUCCAACGGCUUAAUAUCCUCUCACUUUCUUCAAACAACUUCAAUGGAUCCUUGCAGCUUAAUGUGAUUCAACAGUUGAGCAAUCUUUUGCAUCUUGAUCUUUCAUACAAUAGGUUAUUGAUUGAAUAUAAUGGAACUAAUUCGUCAUUCUCCUCCUUUCCCCAGAUUGCCACAUUAAUAUUGGCUUCUAGCAAGAUGAAAAAAUUUCAUGAUUUCUUGAGAAACCAAUCCAAACUAACUUAUCUAGACCUUUCAGACAACCAGAUUGAAGGAGAUAUACCAAACUGGCUCUUGAAACAUCGUAAUCUUAUUGGCUUAAAUCUCUCUUUUAAUCACCUGGUGACUCUGGAUGGACCACUCUCUAAUCUUUCUUCUUUGAGUGUUCUGGACCUUAGUUCAAACCAACUCCAAGGACAACUCCCAAAUCUACCACCAUUUGUCACGUACGUGGAUUUCUCGAGCAAUAAUUUCAGCUCUGUAAUACCAGUUAGUACUAUUGACUCCCUUACUUCUGCUUAUUUCUUCUCUCUUUCUAGCAAUAAGGUCCAUGGGAGUAUCCCUGAAUCAAUAUGCAAUGCAACAUAUCUUCAAGUUCUAGAUUUGUCUUAUAAUCUCUUCAAUGGAAAAAUACCCCAGUGCUUGAGUGAGAUGUAUCGGACUCUUCUGGUGCUAAAUCUAAGGAGAAACAAGCUCAUUGGUUCAAUUCCUGAUUCCUUUGAAGGCAAUUGUAGUUUACGAACUUUGGAUUUCAGUGAAAACCUAAUUAGAGGACUGUUACCGAAGUCUUUAGCCAAUUGCACAAAGUUGGAGGCCUUGAACAUCGGGAAGCUUCAAAUUGUAGAUAUAGCUUCAAAUAAUUUUACCGGUAAGCUUCCAAAAAUUUAUGGCUGGAAGGCAAUGAUGGAUGAUGAAAUUGAGGCCCAAUCAGAGCAUACGCACCUCCAAUUUGAAGUCCUGAGACAAUAUUACUAUCAAGAUUCCAUAACAAUUACCUUCAAUUUUACUAUGGAGUUGGUGAAGAUUCAAAAUGUUUUCACUGUGAUUGACUUUUCCAGCAACAAUCUUGAGGGGCCAAUACCAGAAGAAUUUGGAGGACUUAAAUCAUUAUAUGUUCUCAACUUGUCGCAUAAUGCUCUUACAGGCCAAAUUCCACCAUCUCUAGCAAACUUGACUCUACUAGAGUCAUUAGACUUGUCCAGGAACAAUCUUACAGGGGAGAUUCCAAUGCAACUUGCAGAUGGUCUUACUUUUCUUUCUUUCUUAGACCUUUCUUUCAAUCAAUUGGUGGGGCGAAUUCCACAGAUUAAGCAAUUUACUACAUUUUCUGAAGCUUCAUUUGCUGGAAAUAAAGGAUUGUGUGGCUUCCCUUUGCAAACAGAAUGCCCAUAUGCAGAGCCAGCGUCACCUCCAACAUUUGAAAGAAGUCAUUCAAAUUCGGAGAUUGUGAAUGAUUGGGACUUUAUGAGAGUUGAACUGGACUUAUUUUUGGUUUUGGAAUUGUAA